AUGCAUCAGAAUCAGCCACGGAUCAGGCCAGCAGAUGGCCACAGUAAAAGUCGGGUUGCCAUCAUCGGCACCGGAUUGGCUGGCCUCACAACUGCCUAUCUGCUGCACCAGGACAAGCAGAAGCGCUACGAGGUGACGCUUUUCGAACAGGCCCCCAAAUUCUCCCUCGACGCCGCCUCAAUCACGCUCAAAAAUGAAGCCACCGGCGCCCUCGAGCGCGUCGACAUCCCGCCGCGCAGCUUCUGCCGCGGCUACUACGCCAACCUCUGCCGCAUGUACGACCAUCUCGGCGUUUCCUUCCAGCGCAUCCAGCUCAUCUGGGUCUUUGCCAAGGUCUCUGCCGCAGCGCAGGCCCAGAUUCCCAGCGCCGACGCCGCGCAGACGAUGCCCGGCAGCUACUUUGUCUACGGCAAGCGGCUGCACGAGCUGCUACUGGUCUCGCCGCACUUCUGGCUCAGGGGGUCUCUGCAGAACGUGCUGCUGACAUUUUACCUGGCCGUCUGCCACGCCUGGUUCUUUGUUGCGUGCUUCUUCUUCCCGCCGCGCAUGAUUCAGCCGGAGCGGUAUUUGGAUGUGAAAGGAUCUGCCAAGAAUGGCCAAAACUGCGAGUCGUUUCGCCAGUAUCUGGACCGGAUAUGGCUGCCGCAGUACUACGUGCUGUACUUUUUGCUGCCGAUCCUGAGCAUCAUCUGCAGCUGCUCCCACGCCGAGAUGCUGGAUUUCCCGGCCAGCGACGUCACCAGCUUCAUGAAGGGGUCGUUUUUGCGCAAGACGUAUGUGGCCAAGGGGGGCAUCAACAGGGUGCAGGCGACGCUGGCGGAGGGCAUCCAGGACGUGAGGCUGCAGACGCGAGUAAACAAGGUCGAGCGAGUUGAUGGCGGCGUUUUGAUCCGCUAUGAAAGCACGCAGGACGAGAGACGUUCUGCCGAGGAAGUGUUUGAUCGCGUGGUGCUUGCUGUAUCGCCAAAUGUUGCAGCAGCCAUUUUCAACCCGUCCAAGCCGCUCCUCAGCGUCAUCCCCACCGUCCCCGUCACAAGCACCGUCCUGGCAUCUCCAAACACAAAGAUAUCUCUGGUCGAUGAGAAGACCCACGUUCCGUCAGGCGAAUGCUCAUAUCGUCGCGGCGAGGCCCAGAUCAUGGCCUUUCGGACCACCUACUCCGACAGCAUCGUCCAGACCGAGUCGCUGCACUAUCUUGAGGGCGGGCUGGUGGUCCGGACGAGUCCCUCGGGGGAUGUGCCUGAAGUAAAGGGCACGCUGGACACGUCGAGAUUUACCAGGACGUUGCGCACGACGGAGAGCAGAAACAUGGUCCGGAAGGCGAUGGAGGCGGAUGAUGGUGCGGGAUGGGUGAAUGGAAAGGAUGAUGUGUGGAUCGUGGGUUCUUGGUGCUGGGAUGGGAUGGUGCUGCUGGAGGGAUGCGUCGUGUCUGCGAUGCGAGUAGCCAGGGAUCUUGGGGUGAAUGUGCCGUGGUAG